AUGUCCCUCGCUCGUACAAUCGCAAACGCACGCAAGGCCGGCUUGUCAAAGUUCUGGCGAGACCUGCAGUACAUUGGUGAUGCAAAGGCAGGCACGCUCGUAGGGAUCGAUCGGUGAGCAUUUAAAUACACUUCCAGCAUCACUGACGACCCCACGAUGCUCACGUUUGCUGACGUGUCUGCCUUCAACUCGUGCCCGCGCAGCAAUGGCAACAAGUACUACGAGGACCUGAACGAGAUUCCGGGCAGACACAGAUGGGUGGACUUUGCUCAGCACGAUUUUGCCGUCUCUCAAAUCGAACCAACUUGGAAUGGCUGGCUGCACCACAACAAGCAAGAUCCUCCUAAUGUUGAUCCUGUGACUAUUGCGUCUCACCCCACUUGGGAAGCUGUGAGUACAUGCGUCGCCUUAGCGACCUGCGUAGGGACAGGGAAGGCCGCAGGUUUAGGUUACAAGCGCUGGUGAUGGUGGGUGCUCGUACACGUCGCAAAAUGCUAGCAGAAGAUGGAAAUGACUACGUGAUGCCAUCGGCCUUUGGAUCGAGUGCGCAUGGUGGAUACGGAGCCUGCUAGCUGCAUCGCACAUGCUUUCAGCGCAAAGACACAAAAGCUGACUUAGGCCAAGCUCUGCUGUCUGCUGCUGCCCCACGUUCUCCUCAGGACCCUACCGAGUCUACGACAGGGACGCGAGGCUCUUUCAGGACGUAUAGCACCACGGUCUCUCCAAAGAUUCAGUCUUGGAACCCCAAGGUGGCGUCGCGAUCAUGA